GCGGGGGGGGGGCUCCGCUCCCGGUGCCGCCCCCAGGCCCGAGGCAGGUCGGGACUCGCCGUCCCCUGCCUCCCGCUGCCCUCCCCCGGUUCCUUCCGCCGAGCGCAGCGGGGGCCGGAGCGGUUCCGGGUCGCGGAGGCGGAGCCGGAGGGAGGUGUUCGGCGGCGACAUGCGGUUCCGGUUCUGCGGGGACCUGGACUGCCCCGACUGGGUGCUGGCCGAGAUCAGCGUCCUGGCCAAAAUCUCCUCCGUGAAGCUGAAGCUGAUCUGCGCCCAGGUGCUGCGGGAGCUGCUGGGAGAGGCCAUCGACUAUGAGAAGAUCCUGAAGCUGACGUCGGAUGCCAAGUUGGAGUCUGGCGAUGUGAAGGCCACGAUCGCCGUCCUCGACUUCAUCUUUUCCAGCGCAGCCAAGCACAACGUGGAUGGCGAGUCCCUGUCCAGCGAGCUGCAGCAGCUGGGGCUGCCCAAAGGUGGGCAUCAGUGGCGGCCCCGCAGCUGAGCCGGCGAGCGCACCGGGUGCUGCC